GUUCAUGUUUUGAAAUAUAUUCCUUCUCUUAGCACGCACCAGAGUCCUUCCAACUAUCACUGCAGCCGUUUCCGGUCAUCGAGAGGUCUUUUCAAAUAUUGACAGGACACAGCAACGCCGCUGGCUCGACCAAUAAUAACCUGACUUCUCCAAUUGGCAAUCGAGCUCUCCACGUGGCAAUUCUUCUUCAAUCUAUGAUCGAGUCAAGCUCGAGGUUGGAGAUAUCGCGGUGAAUGUUUCUUCGUCUCCCUCAUCGUUCUCCUCUGUCUCGUCAUUACCUUUCCACUCGUGCAUUUUGUAUAUCUACUGUGGAAAAGCCUGUAAAGGGAACUAUGUCUGUGCAGCAACCGGUAUGGACGCCACCCGUACGCAGGAAGGAGAUUCCUGUCCUCAAAGUCUACAAUUCGCUCACUCGAAGUAAAACCGAAUUUGUGCCAAUUAACGGGAACCUCGUCAAGUGGUACAACUGUGGACCAACGGUAUACGAUGCUUCACACAUGGGACAUGCCAGGAGUUAUGUGACUCAGGAUAUUCUAAGAAGAAUCAUGACGGACUAUUUUGGUUACGAUGUCCAUUUCGUCAUGAACAUUACCGACAUAGACGACAAGAUUAUUCUCCGUGCUCGUCAAAACUACCUAUUCGACAACUUCCGUGCCAAGCAUACCACCUUAACUCCAGAACUCGUAGAUCUCGUCGUCACUGCAUGGACAGACUACGUCCAGUUGAAAGUCUCGAAGGGUCUUCCCGAAUCUGACAAAAUUCAAGUAGGCCAGGAACAAACUGCUUGGACAUCAAUAGCCGCUCGAUUCCAAGACAGAGCUUGGAGGCAGGAAUGCCUCAAACGAGAUGAGAAAUUCGAGAUGCAUUUCUCCGCAGCGAAUAAGACUCUGGCUGCGAUCGAGGAAGCAGAGAAGUCGUUGGGGAACCAGACAGGCGCCGACGUCACCCUAAAGUUCAUUGAUGCAUCGAAAGACGUCCUUGCACCUGCUCUGGACAAGAAGGAAGGUUCAACGGUCACUGACCCAUCUAUCUCCCGUGCUACGGCCACUUAUUGGGAGGCUGAGUUCUUCAAGGACAUGCGUCGAUUGCGGGUGCGCGAGCCAGACACGCUUACACGUGUAACGGAGUAUGUUCCGGAAGUUGUCUCCUUUGUGGAAGGCAUUGUCAAGAACGGAUUUGCAUAUGAGGUCGAUGGAAGCAUUUACUUCGAUACUCGCGCCUUCGACAAAUCAGAAGGUCACGAUUACGCUAAACUUGAGCCGUGGAGCAAAGGGAACCGGGAAUUGCUUGAAGAAGGCGAAGGUGCCCUCUCCGCUGGAAGCGCACGCCGCUCAGCAGCAGAUUUCGCAUUGUGGAAAGCAUCGAAACCCGGGGAGCCAUCUUGGCCCUCGCCAUGGGGUCCCGGACGCCCAGGGUGGCACAUUGAGUGCUCUGUCAUGGCGUCAGCAAUCUUCGGUGACAGUAUGGACAUCCACUCGGGUGGCAUCGAUCUGGCGUUUCCUCACCAUGACAAUGAAAUGGCGCAGUCUGAGGCAUACCAUAAUUGUUCGGCAUGGGUGAACUACUUUAUCCAUACUGGGCACUUGCAUAUCGAGGGUUUGAAGAUGAGCAAGUCGCUCAAGAACUUUAUCACCAUCGAUGAGAUCUUACAAAAGUACUCGGCACGCCAAUUGCGACUAGCCUUCUUAACACAACUCUGGAAUGCCAAAAUUGACUUCUCUGAGUCACUGAUGACAGGCGACGUUCGUACCAUCGAAACUUCGUUGAACAAUUUCUUUGCCAAUGUCAAAGCAUUGCUCAAUCAAGCGCAAGUAGACGGCCAUCCGCUGGACGCACAACAUCGCUUCCGCGAUGUGGAGCGGGAGCUUACUGACAGAUUGCAUCAUAGCCAAAGCGCCUUCCGCGCCGCUCUCUGCGACUCAUUCAAUACCCCGGAGGCCUUGAACAUUCUCAGAGAACUAGUUUCGCGCACCAACGUGUACAUCAAUACACGAGGUCCCAACCUUGAUCUCGGCGUCAUAGAGAGAAUAGCCAGAUGGCUGGGUCGUAUGCUCCGCAUGUUUGGUUUAGGUGAAGGUGAGACUUCGGAGAUUGGUUGGGGUCAGGAGCAGUCAUAUGAAGAUGGAAGCGUUAACCGUGAGGAGAUACUCAUGCCAUACAUUCGAGCCUUAUCUUCCUUCCGAGAUGGUGUCCGGAAGGUUGCUAUCGCGAAAGGCGAGAAUGCUCUGAAAGAUAUCCUGGCGCUCUGCGACAGGCUCCGUGAUACGGAUCUAGUCCCUUUAGGUGUCGCGUUGGACGAUGUAGAAGAUGGGAAGGCUCUCGUAAAGCUGGUGCCCCCUGCUGAGCUAAUAAAAGCCCGUGAGGAGAAACGUGCACAGGCCGAGGCCAAGGCCGCAAAGAAGGCGGUGGCGAUUGAAGCCGAACGACAGGCCAAACUCGUUAAACUGGAGAAAGGACGCACAUCUCCUCAAGAGUUAUUCAGACCUCCGAACGUGCCGGAGGGCACUUACACCACCUGGGACGAGAAUGGCAUACCCCUUACGGACGGAGAGGGCAAAGAACUGAGCAAGAAUCAAGCGAAGAAGGUUCAGAAGGCGUAUUCAGAUCAGAAGAAACGUCACGAGGAAUUCCUAGCAUGGCAGAGGGAACAGGGAAACUGAUCUAUAUUCACAUGUACUACGUCUUGCUGUAUACAUACACAUUCAUUGAGUUCUCCGUUCAAACACCGUCUGAAUGUUUGAGAUCAUUCGUCCAGGUCACCAAUCGCAUGCAUUGACCACCAAAUCUGCUAUUCUGUUCAAUCCCUUCACGUCAUGUUCAUCAAACCCUCCCGGAGCCAAGCAAUCAAGAUCCAGCACCCCUACAACGACGUUAUUUUCACCCUGGCGGCGCAAGAUCAAGGGGCAAACGAUCUCGCUCUUGGUCUGUCCGUCGCAAGCGAUGUGCCCCGGAUAGGCCUCGACAUCUGGAACUAGUUUUGUUUGGGCCUGGAGGAAGGCAUCUGCGCAGACCCCUCGAGCCUUUCCAGGAGUCACGUUUAUGAGUUGACACGCUGGUUUACCGCAGAAUGGAGCCAGAAGCAGUUUUCUAGCAGUUGGCUGGGGUUGUUGUCCCGGG